AUGCUGGCUGUCGUCAUCCCUCGAGCAGUUCUCCUCUCAGAUCUCGUGAGCUCCGUCUACAUCGCCUUUUCAUUGCACAAUUUCACCCUACUGGUUGUGGAUUUUGCCGGCGGGGAGAAGCGUGCAGUGGAACAGCUUGCUGGUGAGAACUUACGGCUCAGGACACCCCCCUGCUGCUGUUGCUGCUUCUGCCUGCCAAGAGUUGCUAUCACCAGAGUAUCCCUGCGCAACGCCCGCUUCCUGGUUCUGCAGGGCGCCGUCAUUCGGCCUAUCCUGGCUUUCCUGUCUGUGAUUCUUUGGCUGGACCAAAAGUACGUGGCUGGGAAGGUAGGCUACGAUAAGUUGGUUUCCUGUUCUCAAUUACCUAUUCCCCCAUUUCAGAUGCAGGCAGACAACGCUUACCCUUACCUGGCUUUCCCCAUCAUGGUGUCGACCCUUCUGUCUGUAUACGGUCUCUUCUUGACCGUCUUAUCAACCCAGGGGAUCAUGGCUUCCCAAAAAAUCCGCCCCAAGAUGGCGUCGCUUCAGCUCACGCUGGUUAGCACCAACAUACAGGGCAUUAUCUUCACUUUACUCAACAGUAAUGACAUUCCACCCUGCAGAGGUAUCCUUUCUACCGAAGUAAGAGGAGAAGUUUGGAAGCACAUGCUGAUUGUACUGGAGAUGUUCCUGCUGUCGAUGAUGGCUCGAUGUUUCUAUCGCCGGCCCCAUAGUAUGGAUGGACACGGGGAUGUGGAGAGCAAUCCAAGCGCUCCGACCUCUGACAUCAAAUCGAUCUCAGCCCUAGUUGUGACCAACGGCCAUGUACCUGCCGCCCCAAUCCUGAAUGGUAAAGGAGUGAAGUCCGUUGACAAUCUAGCAUUUUCUGGGGAGGAGAUGAAAGUGGUGACCGCCAGUUUGUGAGGGAGGGUCACUCAAAUGACGGAAUAUUAUUCUUUGUUAACAAUCACACCUUGUCAAGUAUUGGGUAAAAUAAUGCGAUUGAGAAAAAAGUUUAUAGCGCAUGGACAUAAUCACUCAAAGUGAAAUCUGUUUUUAUUAACUGCACAAAAGGCUCAACCGUCAAAAGGUGGAUCUACCAAAUGCCCUUAAGUAAUGAAAUGUGCAAUGUGUCGAAGAACAAUAUUAGUUAAACAUUAUAGAUCACUGUACAUAUUGUGUACAAAGAUACCUGUACUAAAUACAGUGGUCUCCGUCAACUGUCAAUGAACCCAGUCGUUGGGAGACAAACCUCCCCCAAAGAUUCUUCGGCAGACUGGGCUCUUGGUGGAUUUCAAGAGUCGCAACUCUGCCUUUCUUGUUUGAGUCUUUUCUUGUACAUUAAAAAAUGAAAUUAUAACCCUGAGAUUAUGUAUGUACUAUAAUUAUACUGCCGUCCGCGGGAAGUUGAAGAGCUUUGCUUGAUUUUUAAAAAAGCGAAAAAAAACAUGUACAGGGUGUCUAAAAAAAAAAAAAGAGGGCCCGUUUAAAGGACAAUAAAUGGAUCGUAUUAUGCGCCAAUUUCAGCAGAACUUCGAACAAAGAAAAUUCAACUAGGAGGAUGUCAAACUUGAUGUUCAAGAAAUAUCAAGUUUUAAAAUGUUUUAACGUAACAGAGCAAAACAUAGAUCUAAAACUUUACGCCAGUUUCAGGGGCUUGGCCAGCUCCUUCUACGACCCUUUUAAAUGUGUCUUCUUUUUUUUUUUUUGAAACCCGGUAUGUGUGUACAUGUCUAAGUUAUGUCAUGAAGUGAAGUAAAGGAAUGACCGUGAAAGGGCGAGCUUUUAUGAAAUAAUCACACGUUUUGUCACGUUAGAGAAGUACUGUAAGAGGUUCUUCAAAUCGCAAAUCGCUUAGCAAUAGCUAACCUUACAAAA